GGAUAUAACGUUACUGCAUUUGCCGUUCCUCUGCAACUUUAUCUGUCAAUUUAUUUGUUUAAAGCUUAAAUCUGUCUGUACCACAUGUAUCGUUACAAACACAUUAAAUUGGACCGCAACAGGAAGGGACAGAGCUCGACAGUGGUCCAGGAGGGGAGGGGGUUGCUGCUGUCAACCUCCAUCCUUUUAAUGCUGUGUAAAACUCGUUUUACUCGGAUCUUUAAAGAGAGGCUAGACUUUGCAUCGCAAAUGAACCAGUUCAGUAAAAAACAUCUACGACCAUCUCGCUUUUUUGGGGUUUGUGUCUCUGAAUCAAGUCUAGAUUAAGAUCUUGGAAAAGGGAUUUCUGAAACUGCUCAAUUCAUUUCAACAUGUCACCCCAUCCAGUGGUUCAGGCAAUGAUAGACCUCUCUGCUGGGGCUAUAGGGGGCACAGCUUGUGUGUUUAGUGGUCAACCGUUGGACACAGCUAAAGUGAAAAUGCAGACGUUUCCCACUUUGUAUAGAGGCUUUGUGCACUGCUUUGUUUCAACGUACAAACAGGUGGGACUUCGAGGGCUGUAUCAAGGUACCACUCCUGCCCUUAUGGCUAACAUCGCUGAGAAUUCAGUCCUCUUCAUGUCCUACGGUUUUUGCCAAAAAGUGGUGCGUUUCGCCUCUGGUCAAGAAAAAGGGGCUGUUCUCAGUAACAUGCAGAAAGCAUGUUCAGGCUCUGUAGCCUCUGUGUUUGCCUCUCUGGUGCUUUGUCCCACUGAGCUGGUCAAGUGCAGACUGCAGGCAAUGCAUGAGAUGGCUUCAUCCGGCAAGAUCGCAACCCAUCAAAACUCAGUUUGGUCAGUCAUAAAGUCCAUUAUGCAUAAUGACGGUCCUGCAGGGUUCUUCCAGGGUUUAACCACCACUAUAGCUCGGGAAGUUCCCGGAUAUUUCUGUUUCUUUGGAGCGUAUGAACUCUGUCGUUCUUUCUUCGCUGACUACAUGCACUGUGGCAAGGAUGACAUAGGUGUAGCCCCCAUUGUGUUCAGUGGGGGUUUCGGUGGAGCUAGUCUCUGGCUUGUGGUGUACCCAAUAGACUGUGUUAAAUCCAGGAUACAGGUCAUGUCAAUGACAGGCAAACAAGCUGGUUUCCUCAAAACCUUCAUGCAUAUCUUCAGAACAGAAGGUGUAAGGGCUUUAUAUUCUGGCCUUACUCCCACCAUGAUUCGGACGUUUCCGGCCAACGGUGCUCUGUUUUUAGCCUACGAAGCCAGUCGGAAGUUUAUGAUGGCACAGUUUGACAGCUGACCCUUCACUGACAUCCAUCAUGGAUGACCAGUCUGGUCUU